AUGGCGCCGCCGCCGUCGUGGAUCAUCCUCGGCAACGUGGCGCGGGUGUCGGGCAUGGACGCCGGCGCGGACGACCUCCCGCCCGGCGCCGACCUCGCCCUCGCGCUCGCCGUCCCGCCGCGCGUCACCCUGCUCACUGUGCCCCAGCGAGUCUCGCCCGACCCGGACCAGUACCCCAUGGUCCUCUCCCUCGACCCCUCCGGCCUCAUCCUCCUCUCCAUGCCCCCUCCUUCGUCGCCGCGGCCCUCCAGCCCCGACGGCCAGACCCCUUCCUCCUUGUCCGCCUCGAGUUCCGACGACUCCGACGGCGAGGAGGUCACGCUCAACAUCACCGACAUCGCGCCGCGCCCUCCCCCUCCCUCCUCGCCCCGGGUCUCCGACGGCGAGGACGAGGACGACUACACGGUCACCCUCAACAUCACCGACAUCCCGCCCCACGGCUACUACGUCUGCAACGCCACCACCGCCACCGCCACCCGCCUCCCAGACUGCUACGGCCGCGGCUUCCUCGACGACCGCUGCGCGGGCGUCAUCGCGUCCCCGUCGAGCCCCACCCACUACAUGGUCGUCGAGCUGCAGCCGCUCAACGGCAGCGACGAGGCCACCCUGCUCCGCUUCUCGUCCGCGACCGGCGAGUGGGAGGAGAAGGACGUGGCGUACCCCCCGUCGGGCGGGCUCUGGUGCAGCGACGCCGUGAUCGCCGCCGGCGAGAGGCUCUGCUGGGUGGACCUCUCCUGGGGCGUCCUCUCCUGCGACCCGUUCGCGGACGAGCCGGUCCUGGACUUCGUCGAGUUCCCCCUGGGCAGGCUCCGGGACGGCAUCGGCUGCCUCCACUGCGCCGACAGGGAGCUCAGCACGCGCCGCUGCGCGCAGGUGAGCGCUGGCCGGUUCCGCCUCGUGGAGCUCUCUUGCGGUGACCACCACGGCUCUCGGCGCAGGGCCGUCGCGUUCCGGCCUUGGAUGAGGCUCCAGCAGAGCCAGUCCCGGAGCCACCGCAAGGCGCCUCGGAUCUUCAUGUGGACGCUGGCCGAUUCGGACGCCGGGGAGUGGAAGGUGGAGCACAGGGUGAACUUCGCGGACAUCUGGGCGGAUGAGAGCUACAGGGAGACCGGCCUGCCCAAGAAAGCACCGGUGCUCGCGCUAAUCCACCCCAACAACCCGGAUGUCGUCUACUUCUUCCUCGGCAAGCACCUCUUCGGCGUCGAUCUGCCCGCCAGGAAGGUGGUUGAGUGUGAGGUCUACAAGCUGGUCGGGCCGGGCAGGAAAGAUGUCUCCUCCGCCUGCAUCCGCGCAUGGGAGCUGCCGGCAGGGCUUCGUGCAGGUGUUCCUAGUGAGAAUGACAGUUGUGUGAAUGAAGACUCUUCUGCUGUGCUAGCUAAUCAUAGCUGA